AUGGAUUUUGGCCAGUCCGGCUUGAACGUGCGGGAGGGCAGCCACGACGGUGCGCUCUCGCAGAUCAAGGUCAUCGACAUUCUCGUGGUGGACCACGACUAUACGUCGACGCUGCCCAACGUGCUGAGUUUGAAGAAAGGUGAGGUCGCUUUUUUGGCGAACAAGUCUACCACAGGCUGGUUGGACGUGCUCGUGAUUAUGGGAGACCCGCCAGCGCAGAGAGUGUCAAGAGGCUGGUUUCCUCACAACUACACUCAACAGAUUGGUGACGUCGAGCUUAAGAGACGGUACUCGGAUAAGUUGACGGACUCCCUCAGGAGGGGGUCCCGGAAACAAUCUGCCAGAAGCUCGGAACUUCUUUUGAAGACUACUGUCUCGAACUUUAAUUUGGGCGAUGACGACCCACUCGCGGCAUCGGAUUUCCUCUUUGCGCACGAGAUCGAGGAACUGUACGGCAAUAACCAGUUUGGUGACCUCUUGCAGGAAAACCUCCCGGUCAUAUGGGCCACCGUGCUCACGGGCGACAAAAGAUCGCCCAUGAUCUACUACAACGAUCAAUUAAACGUGUACUGCAACCGACUCCCCACACUGCCUAAAUCAGCGCACCGAGGGGGGGGCGGGGUCGGGGACAAACCGGUACGAUUGAACCCGAAAAAGAUGCCCCGUUUGACUGGAGACGAUACGUUGUACCUCCACACGGCAGACAUAAAACUGUGCAGGGACUUGUUUGAGAACUCGCUGUACUACUGCUCGUUGGCACACGAGACUUUUAAGGCAAAGGACCAACUUAAGUUCGUCGAAGUGAUCAGACGGUUCGCCACAUCGGUCACGUACAUCACAAUGGCAGUCAGGUUGUUCGAAAACUGCAUAAACAAAACAGCUAGGAAAGAGAUCAAACAUCUGAUGAAAUGUAUCAUUAAAUCUUUGUCCGUUAUCAAGCUGAACGCAAACGUCUACUUCUGCAAUAAGAAGGGGUACACGAGAACCGCGCAACAACAGGAAUACAAUAGGACCGCCUCCGUCGCGACCGCCUCUACAAUGCACUCGGAUAACACGCUGACCCAAGCUACCAGUGGUAACACACGCAAUAGAGUAUUGAGUCUUGCCGACUCCGUAUCGAACCAAGAAAGAGGAGGGGCCGACACGGAACCAAACUCAAAGAAAUUAGAUUCGAAACAUGACGAUUACUACAGCACUUUGGAGACAACUAUCGACACGGAGUUUUUCGGGUCGCCAAAGUCAAUACAGCUGCUAUACUACGUACUGCAAAACAACGUCACGUUGGACUCGAGUGAAAGACACCUGCUACCGCAACUUUUCCCAAGAUUCUUUCAGGACUCCUUCAACGCUGGCUCUUGGACUAACCCGUUUGCAGCAGAACAUAUCGAGGAGAAGGAAAAGGAAAGCAGUUGUGAAUUCGCCAAGGAGACUAAAUUAACGAAGAUUGCUGACCCGUGUAAGAAUUCCGUGUCGACCACGACGUCGUCGACGUCCUCCUCAGAUUUUCCUCAACCUUCAGAAACAUCAACCAAAAACACGGGGUCGCGCGACAGCAAAGCAGGAACAGCUGGACCAAAGUUCAACCUUUCCACUCACUCUCCGUCUUUGUCGCCAGUCGCGUCCCGCGUUUUGAAUUCAACCAGUGGUAGCCAGGCGGCACAUUUCUCUCUUGCAUCCAACCAGUUACAGAAAACGAAAUCAGGUCCGAGACCAAGGCUGUACCCGCUGACGAGGGACACACUCUCAAAGAUGAGACAAAGCAAGGAGCAAAUAUAUGAUCACAUUGUAUCAUACAUCCAACAAACCAAUAACGUGAAGCCCGAUGUGAAAAUGAUCCUCAAGAUUUAUACAGAGUUCAAUGAUAAGCUGCUGAAUAUGGCUAUUAUUGAAAACCUGGAUCUGACGUUUUUUGUGAACCUGAGAAAGAUUCUCUUUAAUAACGACAAGUGCGAUGAAAGCAUAAAACUGUUACGACAUUCUUGCACAACCAUUUCGCACCUGUUGAACGAGUUUUUCAAUAUCAAACAAGCAUUCCAUGACACAGUCAUCAAAUUGACAAUUGUCACACAGCACACCAGCACUGAGGACCCGUUUGUGUUCCGCUCAAUGGAAAAUUCCCAUUCCGUUGGCUACUUGGAGAAAUUCCCCAUAGUCACAAGCGAAAAACAAGUACACCUCUCCCAGGACUAUGACAUAAUGGCGGACCAAAUAUUAAAGCAGUUGUGGAAAAGUGAUGUUCAUAUUAGCACACUGGAGUUCCUGGACCCGUUCGCCAUAUUCAAAGAAAGUUAUAUUCAUUAUUACGAGAUAAACUCCGUCGCAUGCAACAUUGUGGAAAGACUGAUCGAGGAGAAGGAAAACAUCAUGAAUUUUGCUGCCAGAAGCAUGCAGGGUUCUUUAAUUGACAUGUUACAGAAGGACGAGUACAAGGAUGCCAGGUGGUUUGAAGAUGAUUUUCUUCGUAAGGGUAGUGACAAAAGCGACUCAUUCAUGAAGAGAGCAUCUUUGAGCGGUAGUAAUGCUGUGGCGUGGUACAUACAGUCCCCUGUCCAGCAAGACCUUGUCUUUGAUAUCAAAACAGAUACGGUUAAAUCGGGUACCUUGGAAGCAUUGGUCGAUCACCUUGUUUUUGGCAUGAACAACGGGAUAAUCGAUAAUUUGUACAUGGGGACUUUCCUAAUGACAUUCCGCAGUAUCUAUACCAGCUCGAUGGACUUUAUUGUACAUCUAACGAGGAUUUACAACGCAUUUCCGCCCAGUGGACUAUCAUUUAAUGAGUACAACGAGUGGAUUUCUAAAAGAUCGUUACCGAUAAAAACUAACAUCGUCAAAGUAUUGCAGUCUUUCUUUACCAAGUACUGGAUAAACACAUACUGGGAACCAAAAUUGGAUUCAGCGAUUAUGGAGCUUGUAAAGAUGGCGGUUUCAGAGAAAAUAUCAGGCGCAACAGCGUUAAUGAAUAAAUGCACAGAAAUUAUCAAGAACUGUACGAAUAACGAUGGGGCCGAGAGUAUCAGAAGUGUCCACUCAGUCACACUACGUACAGCGGACUGGUCACAAUCAGUUAAGAAAAUCAAGAAAAUCAAAGCCCACGAUAUAUCGGCCUCAGGGUUUGCGCAACAAAUCACGCUGAUGAAUUAUGAAAUGUACAGCAAGAUCGAGCUAUUCGAGUGUCUGGAUAAAAUUUGGGGGAAAUCGAUGAAUUGCGACUUUGGGGGAUCCGCGUCCAUUGCAAACUUUAUUGAACACGCAAAUCUUCUGACAAACUACGUUUCGUUCAAAAUUGUUAGUGAGGUCAAUAUGAAAAAGCGAGUGAAACUGAUCACAUAUUUUAUUACAGUUGCGCUGCACUGCCAUCGAUUGAGCAAUUUUGCUACCUUGACAGCCAUAAUCUCCGCUCUAUAUUCUUCCCCUGUAUUUCGGUUGAAAAAAACAUGGACUCAAGUCCCCGUCGACUCUAAAGAUGUGUUAAACAAACUUGACAGUCUAAUGGACUCCAAAAAGAACUUCAUUAACUAUAGAGAAUCGCUAAAGGCAAGAUCUAGGAACACCCCGUGUAUCCCAUUUUUCGGGGUGUAUCUUUCAGAUUUGACCUUUGCUAACAGUGGUAACCAAGAUUGGCUACCAGUGAUCAAUUUCAGGAAGAGAUUCAUCAUAGCGGAUAUCAUUCGUGAUAUUUUAAGGUUCCAAAGAUGCAACUAUUCAAACUUCACCAAAAACGAGGAUAUUUCGUACUUUAUAACGCGCGCGUUGCAAGGGGUCCCAGACUUGGAAGCUCAGUACAGUCUCUCUCUUGAAGUCGAGCCAAGAUCGAACUCUACAUCGAAGGAAAACGAAAAGGACAUCUCGUUUGGUUCAGCAGCUACCAAAUUUUUAAAGGUAAAGCACGGUAUGAAAUUAUUUGGUUAG